GAUGCAAUGCCAUUGUGCUAUAGGAGGAUAUUGCAUCCAUAUUUAAAGCUGCAGACAAAGACAAUUCUGGUACCUUGACUGUUCAAGAAUUCCAAGAUGUGGUAGAUGAUAUCCUUGUAAGGUAUCCCCAACUGGAACUCUAUUUGAAGAACAAGCGUCUGAGAGAUGUGAAAGAUUUGAUGAAAGAUCCCGAGGGAAAAGACGUAAAAGAAGUUGAUAUUGAAGGUUUUAAACAAGCCCUUUCUCAAGUGGAUUCACAGGCCAAAAGUCUGCCUGCAACUGCACAGGUUGCUGCUCAACAAGGUGCUUAUCUUUCUAGGUGUUUCAAUCGUAGAGAACACUGCAAAGAUAAUCCUGAAGGUCCUCGGCGUUUUGUAGGUUCUGGGCGUCAUGCAUUUGUUCCAUUUCGGUACAAGCAUCUUGGGCAGUUUGCCCCUUUGGGAGGAGAGCAGGCAGCCGCUGAACUGCCUGGAGACUGGGUUUCCAUUGGUCACAGCACACAGUGGCUCUGGUAUUCUGUAUAUGCCAGCAAACAAGUGAGCUGGCGAACUAGGGUGCUGUUGGUAUCUGAUUGGACUAGGAGAUUCGUUUUUGGAAGAGAUUCAAGCCGUAUUUGAGACAAAAAAUGGCGUCUUCUAUAAACUAUCCCUAAGUCACUGGUUUUCCCACAACUCAAUCGCAGCAUUUCCACCUACCGCGCAUAAAUAUAUAUGAUUUCCUUUUUUCCCUUUCAAAUUUGUGUCUAUGUACUCUCCUUUGGUAUGUAAAAUUGAUACACUGUUACCAUUUACUAGUUUACCAGGUGUAAAAUAGCAUGGAGAGCAACAGAGUUCUUGGUAACCUGGUGCUGUAUAUGGCUGACAAGUAUUCUUUCUUGUAUGGAAAGUCUUCCGUUGAUUUACACGACCGUGGAAAAAUGCUCAUGCUCCCGCAAAGUUGUUCCAAACUUUACAAGGCUUCGACUUGUAUUUUCUUGAA